AUGGCCACCGCACGUGAUUUGAAAGAAGCCGGCGAGACCAGCAUCGUCGAUAAGCAAACUGGUCAGGUAUACGAGCUUGAUCUAGAGACGCUCUCGCCAAAUGGGUCUUCGAAGACAUCGCCCAUUGAGGGCCAUAAACUAAAGAAGGGCCUGAAAUCGCGCCACAUUCAAUUGAUCGCCCUGGGUGGUUGUAUCGGUACAGGUCUUUUCGUGGGUACGUCGUCAACGCUGUCGAAAUGUGGUCCAGCGGGUUUGUUUACCUCGUACCUUAUCAUCUCCCUGAUUAUCUACCCGGUCAUGAAUGCCCUGGGUGAGAUGGUAUGCUAUCUACCUGGUGGGGAAGAUGGUUCUGGUGGGUCAAUUUCCAAGCUGGUGAGGCGCUAUGUGGAUCCUUCGCUUGGGUUCGCCACUGGUUGGAACUACUACUACUGUUACGUAAUAUUGGUUGCUGCUGAGUGUACCGCCGCCUCUGGAGUGGUACAAUACUGGACUGAUAAAGUGCCCACAGGUGCAUGGAUCACUAUUUUCCUUGGGGUUGUCGUACUUUUGAACUUCGGGGCUGUUAAGUUUUACGGUGAGAGUGAGUUUUGGUUCGCCUCUAUCAAGAUUUUGUGUAUCCUUGGACUACUGCUUGUUUCUUUCAUCAUCUUCUGGGGUGGUGCUCCUACACACGACAGGCUGGGGUUCAGAUACUGGAAGCACCCUGGUGCCUUCGCUUACCACAUCACUACCGGGAACACUGGUCGGUUCCUCGAUAUUUGGACCGGUGUCAUCAAGGGUGGUUUCGCUUUCAUUUUAGGCCCAGAAUUGGUCGCGUUGACAUCGGCUGAGGCCCAGGAUUCUAGAAGAAACAUCGAAAAGGCUUCACGUCGUUUUGUCUACCGUUUGAUCUUCUUUUAUGUCGCCUCGUCUCUUGCCAUCGGUUGUAUUGUUGCCUACAACGAUCCUACUCUGGAAAACGCCUUGGCCCAAGGGAAACCCGGUGCAGGUUCAUCUCCCUUCGUGAUCGGCAUUCAAAAUGCAGGCAUCAAGGUUUUGCCUCACAUUGUGAAUGCGUGUAUUCUAACUUCUGCGUGGUCCUCUGGUAACUCGUUCAUGUUUGCGUCCAGUAGAUCUCUACUGUCUAUGGCACAAGAGGGCUAUGCUCCAAAGAUCUUUGGGAAGAUCAACAGACACGGUGUUCCUUACAAUGCCGUUGCGCUCUCUGCAGCCAUUUCGUGUCUCGCGUACUUAAAUGUUUCUUCGUCGUCUGCCCUGGUGUUUACCUGGUUCUCGAACAUUUCCACCAUUUCAGGUUUCAUCGGCUGGAUCUGCAUUGGUGUCGCAUACUUGCGCUUCAGAAAGGCUAUCUUCUUCCAAGGACUCUACGAUCGCGUGCCCUUCAAGACUCCAUUCCAACCCUACGGUACCUACUUCUUUGUCACCAUCAUCAGUGUGAUCUGUCUCACUAACGGGUACGCAACCUUCAUUCCAAAGUACUGGAACGCAGCUGACUUUGUUGCUGCAUACAUCACUCUGCCUAUCUUCAUCGUGUUGUGGCUCGGCCACAAGGCUUAUACUAGAACUUGGAAAUGCUGGGCCAUUCCUGUGGCGGAGAUUGAUGUUACUACAGGGUUGCGUGAGAUUGAAGAGGAGACCAAGGAGCUUGAUGCUGCCAGGGUCCAACCCAACACCUUGUGGGGGAAGUUUAUUGAAUGGCUUUUGUAG